AAUAAAUCGAAGUGGGUCUGGCAUGAUGAGACAGAAAAGACGCCUACUAACUCCAGUAGAGGCCUAACUAACUACCUGGAUCCAUUAUGUCAGAGGACAUGGACUUAUGUUUAUAAACCCGAAGUGUUAUUCCGUACUAUUUAGCCUACAUGGAAUAUUUUAUCCAAACAAAACAGACUAAUGGAUGAUGUUUUGCUCUUUAUGUUGUCACUGCUGUUUAGUACGGAGUAAACAUGUUUUAUCUCAAAGAAAUUAUGUUGUUGCACGUGAUUCUUCACAGUUUUGGAGCCUGUAUUGCCGAUUUUCUUAAGGAUUCCACAAAUACCGAAACAGGCAUUCAAGGGGGAGGGAAGGUGGAUUUGUUGGAGCAGCUGUGCCGGGUGGCAGGUAACAGCACUAACGUCUCCUUCUCUGUGGGGGGCCAGAGAUGUCUAACACUUCAUAUGGGCAUGUAUGCCACUCUGGCAAUGCCAACACAGCAGGCAUUUGGACCAAGGUUCUCUGAUGAGUUCAGCGUGCUGCUGGAGGUGCGGGGGGUGCAGAAGGAGGAGGUGAGCCUGCUGACCCUGCUCAGCCCUCAGGGUCACAUCCAGCUGCAGCUGCGUGUCAGCCCGCACGCCCUCAGCUUCGUGUCCACGCACCACCGCCACUACGAGUUUCCAGUUGGUUCUCUGACGGAUGGCCAUUGGCACCAGGUCUCUGUGGGGGUGUCCUCCCACUGGCUGUCCCUGUAUACUGACUGUGUGCUGGUGGAGAUGGUCAGCUGGAACUUCCCUGGACAGGACAUCACCACCGAUGGACUACUGAUGGUCGGAGGGAUUCUGGAGGGCUUCGAGACCCCAUUCGAAGGAACCCUAAGACAGAUGACCUUUGUGAUGGGUGACCCCACCGCCGCCAGAGACCACUGUCUCCUCCAUCAGCCUGUGUGUGACCGAGGCAGUCCCAAACCCCCACGCUCCCCCAGGACCCCUCUACCCAUACACGGCCUCCAGGCUCACGAAGCUUCAUCUGGUGACCUGUCAGACAUCCGAACCAGCAGCCCGACGAACGAAACAGAGAGCUCCACGUCUGUAGAGAAAGGGCCUGGGGAUCUAUCACCUCCUGGAAGCAUCCCCCAGCAUGCAGACAACAUUCCGCAAGAGAAUGUAGAUGUGGUAGUUGAUGAAAACCCAUUUAAGGAGUUUUCUAUCCACAUGGGGGAGAGAGACCUCAACAGCAAGUCCUACUCCAGAGUCCAAGCCUCAGACAAGGAAGUUGAAGACCGAUUAGAAUGGACGUUCCCCAGAUCCUCCCUUGAUGACAUGAUCGACCUGGACUCCAAUACCCACAACCCCUCUGAACAGAAGACCUCACUCCAGUCUGACUCCAAGGUUCUGAUGGAGGAGAACUUGCUGCUGCCUGCUGGGUCGACAGCGGAGGCGGUCUCAGAGGAGCAGGGAGAGACGGGUAGAGUGUCGGCCACACAGAGAGGACUGUGGGAGCGUGAGGCGGCAGUAUACUCUGGUCCCCACCACCCCCGAACAGAGACGGUGGUGCCCAGUGAGGGGGAUAUGAUUGUGGGAUCUGACCGUAAGAUGUACAGGCUCCUGGGUGGACCUCCAGGGCCUAUUGGACCACCAGGGAAAAGAGGGUGUGCUGGCCAAGAGGGCUAUCUUGGGUUUAAGGGUGACAAGGGAUUCCAGGGUGAGAGGGGGAAGGAAGGCAGGCAGGGUGAGAGGGGUCCUCCGGGGCCUGCAGGACUGCCUACUCUCUACCUGUGGAGGAACUCAGAGGAGGACUGGACUGCUUUUAGGCGAUCGACGUUUUUCCAUUUGCUGCGGGCGGGCUGGCCAAUCGAAGCGGGACCCCCCGGACCGGACGGGGAGAUGGGCAGGCCUGGUCUUCCAGGAAUCCCUGGUGACCAUGGAAACGGGGGAAUGCCGGGUGAAAGAGGAGAGAUGGGAUCCCCUGGGCCAAAGGGUGUGCCCGGGAGAGCGGGGACCUGUGGUAGAGAUGGCAGCUACGGCCUGGAUGGCCAGUCUGGUCCACCAGGACACCCAGGGCUCAAGGGUUUCCCAGGAUAUAAGGGAGAGGCAGCCCCUCCUGGUGAGAAGGGAGAUGAGGGGUUUACUGGUGAAACGGGUCCACGUGGAGAUCGAGGGAAGACUGGAGAGAAGGGUUCUAAAGGGGAGCCUGGGGACUCUGGACCAGUUGGCUCACCUGGCCCAAUGGGAAAAAGAGGCCCUCAAGGGCUUCCAGGAGCCCCUGGACCUGAGGGAGAUUAUGGAUACGAAGGAGCAGAGGGCCCUCCAGGGUCAGUGGGAGCUCCAGGGGUCACCGGAGGCAUCGGAGCCCAGGGGGUGAAUGGCUCUGAGGGGGAGUCUGGCCCAGCUGGUCCACCUGGUCGUAAAGGCCCUCCAGGUCCGCAAGGGUUGUUAGGAGAAAGAGGGCCUAUUGGACUUCGAGGACCACAAGGAUAUCCAGGGAAGGAGGGCCCUUUAGGUCUAAAAGGUGACACGGGUGAGGCGGGGCCAUUGGGCAUAAAGGGCUUACCAGGCAUCGACGGAGCCAUGGGGAUCCCUGGAAUUUGGGGUCUGCGUGGGAUUCCAGGUGCCACUGGUUUUAAUGGAGUGGAUGGAGACAAGGGAGACGCUGGACCAAAAGGAGACCAAGGUCCCAUUGGGGCUCCAGGGGUCCAGGGCCCUCAGGGGGAGCGAGGGCAGCUGGGCCUGACAGGCAUCCCUGGGAUGAGGGGCCAGAGUGGUCCCUAUGGCAGCCAGGGUGAGGAUGGAGACAUUGGUCACCAGGGGAUGAUUGGAAAAGAAGGACUAAAGGGCCAGAGGGGACCUCUAGGACGACAUGGGAAGAUAGGCCCCAAAGGACCCAGGGGUCGUACGGGACAGCCUGGUCUGUUUGGUACACCUGGACUACCGGGUUUGAGAGGCCCCACUGGGAUAGAGGGAGCAGAAGGAAAGCCUGGUACACAGGGUGUCUCUGGUUCAACUGGCACGUCCGGACCUAAAGGAGACAGCGGGUUUCCUGGUCUGGGGGGAGGGCUGGGACAGACAGGGGGCUCCGGUGCUCUGGGGCCUGCAGGAACGCCAGGCCACAAUGGCAGUCCAGGACUAUCUGGUGAGGGGGGGUUCACAGGCAAAGAAGGAGUUGAGGGCCCCCAGGGGCCAGUGGGCAUGUAUGGAUACCUUGGAGCCAUGGGCUUAACAGGUAGACCAGGCAACAUGGGAGAGAUGGGCGACCCUGGUGUGAGAGGUCUUUCUGGUCUACCUGGGAAGAUUGGACCACCGGGGGGGCCGGGACCUGUUGGGGAGAAAGGGCCCCCUGGACCUGAGGGGCAUCAAGGAGAAGCUGGUCCUAAAGGCACACAGGGAGCACUUGGCCCCCCGGGCCUGCCAGGCCCCCAGGGCAGUGUUGGGAACCCAGGCCCCCCUGGGAGCCUGGGGCCACAGGGACCAGAAGGGUCACACGGACAAACAGGGUUUCCAGGUCCUUUGGGUAUGGAUGGAGUGCUGGGGCAGACUGGGGGAAAAGGAGAGCAGGGAAUGCAAGGGCCCAGCGGUGACGCGGGGCCGUCUGGACUGGAUGGGCAGCAGGGUCUCCCAGGGCCAGCCGGGGAGGAGGGGCCAGCUGGGAGGAAAGACGAGCAGGGAGACCCAGGACCCGGUGGGAAAGCAGGCCCCAGGGGCCUCCAGGGAGAGUUGGGCCCACAGGGCUCCCACGGGGCGCAGGGUGAGCCCGGGCCAGGCGGUGCAGAGGGAGAGAUGGGAGGGUUCGGCAGCGAUGGGGAUUCAGGUCCUAAAGGGAAGAAGGGGGAUGUGGGAUCCCGUGGAGCGUCUGGGGCAGAGGGGCCCCCGGGCACCCCAGGUAACAAAGGGGAGACAGGACCUAAAGGAGACCAGGGCUACAGGGGACUACAGGGUCAAAGGGGCUUGAUGGGGAAGGCUGGGCCCUCAGGUCUGUCUGGACUGAUGGGUUUCCCAGGUUAUUUUGGGACUCCUGGUACUGAAGGAGCACAGGGACAGAAGGGGGAGAAGGGGUUCUCUGGUUUGACUGGCAUUUCUGGAGUCUUUGGCCCUACGGGCAUGCAAGGCAACAAAGGACUGAAAGGGGAAACGGGCAAACCGGGACCACAGGGUGUAGGAGGAAGCCUGGGGAGGCUGGGAGAACUCGGUCCCAAGGGCUUCCUUGGCCCCGAAGGCCCCAGAGGGAAGCCAGGAGAGGAGGGAGAGACAGGGGAGCAGGGUGGAGAUGGGGAUAAAGGCAGCAGAGGGUCCUCUGGAGCUCCUGGACCUGAGGGCCUGUCAGGGGAAGUGGGACUUGAGGGGAGUGUCGGGCCUCCAGGACCGCUGGGACCUAAAGGAAAGUCAGGACCUGAGGGAAGACAUGGACAGAAAGGUCAAAAGGGGGAUGAUGGCCGGGUUGGGAACCAAGGAAAAAACGCACACACUGGAAAGAGGGGGAAACGAGGGAAAACUGGAGACAGAGGCUUAAGGGGAAUGACAGGCGAAAAGGGGAAGAGAGGAGAUUUGGGUUCAAUUGGGCCACCAGGGAGACUGGGCUCUUAUGGAACACCUGGCCUACCUGGAGAAAAGGGAGACAUUGGUGUGAAAGGUGUUAUGGGGGAGAAAGGCAGUAUGGGACUACCUGGGCCUCUAGGAGGUCAGGGGCUGAAGGCGACACGGGGACCUGUGGGAGAGAACGGAAGAGAUGGCCCCAAAGGGGAUCAGGGGGAUAUUGGUCCGACAGGGGGGUGGGGGACCCCAGGUUUACCUGGACUUCCUGGGUUGUUUGGAGUAAAGGGCCUAAAAGGAUUUGCCGGUCAAACGGGUGCUGUUGGAGUAAGAGGAAUGCCUGGGCCUCCUGGACCACCUGGGCCCCAGGGAACCUCUUUGAACCUCACUCUUACCAAACUGAGGGGCGUCAUGUACCUGUCCGACAAACCCAACUACUUCCUCGUCCAGAGUCUUUUAGACUCCCUGCAGCAGGACCUGCGUUUCUUCGUGGAUCCACCGGAUGGCACCAAAGAUCACCCAGCGACCACCUGUCUGGAGCUCUGGUUCUCCCAGCCCAGCUUGACCAACGGGAUGUAUUACGUAGAUCCUAACCAGGGCAGCCCAGCAGAUGCUCUGCUGGUCCACUGUGACUUCACAGCCGAGCCGAAGACCUGCCUGUCUCCACUGCAGCCUCAGGUGCCGGUAAAAGCUUGGCUGAAGGACUCUGGAAGAAAUGACUCAUUUUACUGGUUGAGUGCAAUGGAAAAAGGCUUUCAGUUUGAAUAUUCAGGUGCGGACGUGGUGCAGAUGAGGUUCCUGAGGCUGAACAGCAGGUUCUCCAGCCAGAACAUCACAUUCUCCUGCCAGCAAGGGAAUAGGCAGGGAUCCCUGGAGAGAGAGGUCAAGUUCCAAGCCGACACACGAAGAAAGAGCUACCUGGGGACUUUACGAGACUGUGUGCCCUCUGAAGAGCUCUUCUCUGGAUCGCGUGAGUCGGUGUUCCAGUUUGAGAGCGAAGACCUCGAUAUGUUGCCCCUGAGAGACCUGGCUGUGUUUGGCAACCGGGACCUCAUACAGGAGUUUGGCUUCACGGUCGGGCCUGUGUGCUUCAGCUAGGAAAAACCUGCUGCCGACCCAGGAUCGCCACAUCAGCCAGUGGGAACAUGACUGUGGGACAGGCAAAAAGGCAUCUUUCCUCCUGGGAUGUUCUUGUUGCCAGGCAAGACAAAGCAGAAGUACUGUAUCAAUGGGAUGUCUCUCUCAAAUUCCUUUUACUUUCAUUCCAGAGGCAUGAACUCUUUCGAGGGUCCGUUUCCAGAGACCAUUUGCAGAGACCUUAAGUUCUUUAAAAUUACAUUUUGUAAUGUACAUUGUGUUUACAUUUAUUCGAUUGAAGUGGUGCUUAUUUAUGUUGUUUAAAUUGAAAGUGUGUCCAUGCAUUUUUUCUGUUUUAUCCAGGUAAGGUUGUUAUACCACUGCACAGUGGUGACCGCAGUCUUCUUGUACUGUAAAUAACUUAUAAUUACAAAAUACUUAACAGUGUCCCAAAUUGGACACUUUUACUAGGUCUCUCUCGCUGCAAAAGCUUGCACACACAUUAUGAUAAUUAUAAAAGUACACAGCAUGAAGCAUCAGGACAGUAUCGGGACACUGUGUGAUACUCCUGUUAGAUGUAACUGAGAAGGCUGUGCUGGUAAUGCAUGCUGGUCUUUUUCCCCCCAAUCAUCUUAACUGUUAAAAUGGUUACUUUAUAUCCUCUUGUGUUUAAAAGCCCAAGAUGGGAAAUCAUACUUCAAAACAACGAUUUAAACGAAGGAAUGGGGGCUCUUCU